GAGCAGUCGUGCAUUCCCCGCCUCGCCUCGGGUGUAGGGAUUGCAAAAAAACAAAACUACACUGUCAAGACUGUGUAGUUUUGUUUUUAUGAUUAGAGGCUCUACAAUUCUCAUGCUGGGAUUGUCUAAAAAAAUCUUACUCUGGAUAAGGACGUCGUUCAAGAAGAUUUCGUUGGGCUUAGCCCACUCUUACAGGCACUUUGAGAGAUCAGAGUGCCUGUAAAGAUGACGACAAAAGCACCAACAUUUACGCAGCCACUGCAAAGUGUUGUGGCACUGGAGGGUAGUGCCGCAACCUUUGAGGCUCAUAUCAGUGGUUUCCCAGUUCCCGAGGUGAGCUGGUAUCGGGAUGGCCAGGUUCUCUCUGCUGCAACUCUGCCCGGUGUGCAGAUCUCGUUUAGUGAUGGCCGCGCUAAACUGGUGAUCCCCACCGUGACAGAAGCAAACAGUGGAAGAUACACCGUACAAGCCACCAAUGGAUCUGGGCAAGCAACUAGUACUGCUGAGCUACUUGUCACAGCUGGAACAGCACCACCAAACUUCUCACAACGACUACAGAGCAUGACUGCAAGGCAGGGAAGUCAAGUUCGACUUGACGUGAAAGUGACUGGAAUCCCUACACCUGUGGUGAAGUUCUAUCGGGAUGGAGUAGAAAUCCAAAGCUCCCCCGAUUUUCAAAUUUUACAAGAAGGAGACCUUUACAGCUUAAUAAUUGCAGAAGCAUAUCCUGAAGACUCCGGUACUUAUUCAGUAAAUGCCACAAAUAAUGUGGGACGUGCUACUUCAACAGCUGAAUUGCUAAUUCAAGGUGAGGAAGAAGCCGUUCCUGCUAAAAAGACAAAGACAAUUGUUUCGACUGCUCAGAUUUCACAAACAAGACAAGCCAGAAUUGAAAAGAAGAUUGAAGCCCACUUUGAUGCCAGAUCACUUACAAGUGUUGAAACAGUCAUAGAAGGUGCAACAGCCCAACAGCUCCCACACAAAGCACCUCCACGAAUGCCUCCUAGACCUACAUCAAAAUCACCAACCCCACCAAUAAUUGCUGCAAAAGCACAAAUGGCACGACAGCAAUCACCAUCACCUGUUAGGCAAUCACCGUCCCCUGUAAGACAUGUCAGAGCACCAACACCCUCUCCAGUAAGGUCAGUUUCUCCUGCUGGAAGACUCUCCACCUCACCUAUUAGACCAGUGAAAUCUCCAUCUCCAAUCCGUAAAACACAUGUAGUGACAACAGCUGGGCCUGAAGUCCUUCCUCCUUGGAAGCAGGAAGGAUAUACUGCAACCACAGAAGCCCAGAUGAAAGAAGAAAGAGUAUCUACAAGUGCUACCCAAAUAAGAACUGAAGAAAGAUGGGAGGGGAGAUACGAGGUCCAAGAACAAGUUACCAUUAGUGGUGCUACUGCUGGUGAAGUUGCAGCUGGUGCUAGAGAGGUAAAAAAAGACAGUGAAAAAACAGCAGCUGUUGCUACGGUUGUUGCUGCUGUGGAUCAAGCAAUGGUGAGAGAACCAGCUCCAGCUGUUGUAGAGCAAACUGCUAAAAGGACAGCAAUGACUGCAGUCCACGUUCAGCCUGUUCAGGAGCAGAUGAGAAAGGAGGCAACGGUAGUAGUUACCAGUGACAAAGCCACAAAACAUACAGUAAUAUCGAGAACUAGAGAAGGAAUUGUUACUUCUCAAGAACAAAGGCACAUCUCUCAUGAAAAGGUAAGAAAAGAACCAGAGAAAGCUCCAGUACCCGCAGUAAUAAUUGCCACAGACAAAGCCAAAGAGCAAGAAAGAAUAUCAAGAGCUAGAGAAGAAAUAUCUAUCAGACAUGAGCAAGUGCACAGUGCUCAUGAAAAGAUAAGAAAGGAAGAUAUGAAACCUUCUGUACCUAAGGUAGUAAUUACAACUGAUAAACCUAAACCACGAGUCAUAAUAUCGAAAAGUAAAGAAGGAAUUGCUACCAAACAAGAACAAGUGAGCAUAACCCAUGAAAAGACUGAAGCUGGAAAAAAGGCUGAAGCUGUAGCUACAGUUGUUGCAGCAGUUGAUCAGGCACGUGUUCGAUCACCCUGGGAACCAGAACAAGCAGAUGAAGCUUAUGCAAAGCAGAAAACUUUGGAAUAUGGCUAUAAAGAGCGUGCUGUAACAGAACAUGUUGCUGAGGCCCCAGCAGAACGUCAUGUUGUCAGUAAAGAAGUUAAAACUGUCUAUAUUCCUCCUGAGAAACAUAUUUCAGCUGCUGAAAAGAAGGAAGUUCAUAUAUCAGCAGAGAUAAAAAGAACAACAGAAACUGAGAAAACAAUUCAUGUUGAACACCCACGACCUCGCACAGCAAGUCCUCACUUCUCAGUCUCCAAAAUUGCUGUUCCUAAACCAGAUCAUACAUAUGAGGUUUCAAUAGCUGGAUCUGCCAUGGCCACUCUGGAAAAAGAGUUAUCAGCUACUUCUGCUGUGCAAAAGAUCACUAAGCCUGUGAAACCACCUCAGCUAAAGCCACAUGAAGUCAGGAUAAAAGCAGAGCCAGUUGCCCCUCCACAGUUUCCCUUUGGAGAGGCUGCUGAGACCUACAAAAGUCACUAUGACAUUGAGACUAAAAAGGAGGCAGGUGUAAGCAUUAAAGGUGAAGCAGUGCAGGAAGAACACUUAGUGUUGCGGAAAGAAGGUGAAGCCAAGGUGACAGAAACUGCCAGAGUUCCUACACCCAUGGAAAUCCCUGCUACUCCACCUACCUUAGUCUCAGGCCUCAAAAAUAAGACUGUGACUGAAGGGGAGUCUGUCACUCUGGAGUGCCAUAUCUCUGGUCAUCCUCAACCUACUGUGACAUGGUACAGGGAAGACUACAAGAUUGAGAGCUCAAUGGACUUCCAGAUCACUUUUAAAGCAGGGCUUGCUCGUCUUGUGAUUCGUGAAGCCUUUGCAGAAGACAGUGGAAGAUUUACCUGUACUGCUACCAAUAAAGCUGGAAGUGUCAGCACAUCUUGCCACUUACAUGUGAAGGUUUCAGAAGAAAUUGAGACUCGAGAAACCAUUUCAGAGAAGGCUUUUGCAGAAGAGAAACGCUAUGUGGAGACAAAGGAUAUUGUAAUGGAAGAUGUCUCUGCUGCAGCAGAGGAAGUAUCGGGAGAACCAAUACCUCCUUUCUUCAUAAGAAAACCCAUAGUACAUAAAUUAAUUGAAGGUGGGAGCAUUAUUUUUGAAUGCCAAGUAGGGGGCAACCCAAAGCCACAUGUCUACUGGAAAAAAGGUGGAGUUCCUCUAACGACUGGCUACAGAUACAAAGUGAGUUACAAAAGAGAAACCGGGGAAUGCAAACUUGAAAUUUCCAUGACUUUUGCCGAUGAUGCCGGAGAAUACACUAUUAUUGUUCGUAAUAAAUAUGGAGAAGCUUCUGCAACGGUCUCCUUAUUAGAAGAAGCUGAUUACGAAGCCUACAUAAAAUCACAACAAGAAAUGAUGUACCAAACUCAGGUGACUGCAUAUGUACAGGAACCUAAAGUGGCUGAGGUAGCCCCAGCUGUUUCAUAUGGUGACUUUGAAAAGGAAUAUGAAAAAGAACAAGCCCUAAUUAGAAAGAAAAUGGCAAAAGAUACUGUGAUGGUCAGAACUUUUGUAGAAGAUGAGGAAUUCCAUAUUUCUUCUUUUGAAGAAAGACUUAUCAAGGAAAUUGAACUUCGAAUUAUUAAGACCACUUUAGAUGAACUUCUCGAAGAAGAUGGAGAAGAGAUGAUGGUUGAUAUUUCUGAAUCUGAAGCUAUAGAAGCAGGAUUUGAUUUAAGAUUAAAGAAUUACAGAGCCUUUGAAGGGACAGGAGUUACUUUCCAUUGCAAGACGACUGGAUAUCCAUUGCCAAAGAUUGCAUGGUACAAAGACGGUAAGCGUAUAAGGCAUGGAGAGCGCUACCAGAUGGAAAUUCUGCAAGACGGCAGUGCCAGUCUGCGUUUGCCUGUCGUUUUACCUGAAGAUGAAGGAAUUUAUACUGUCUUUGCGAGUAAUAUAAAAGGAAAUGCCAUUUGCUCAGCAAAACUCUACGUUGAGCCAGUGGCACCCACAGCAACUCCAGGUUAUAUGCCAGGGCCAGAAGUUAUGAGAAGAUAUAGGUCUAUUUCUCCACGUUCUCCAAGCCGGUCUCCUGCCCGCAGUUCUCCUUCUCGUUCUCCUGCCCGCAGAUUAGAUGAAACUGAUGAAGGACAACUAGAGAGACUAUACAAACCAGUUUUUGUGCUGAAACCAACGUCAUUUAAAUGUUCACAGGGGCAGACGGCAAGAUUUGACUUAAAAGUUGUUGGCAGACCUAUGCCAGAGACGUACUGGUUCCAUAACGGUCAACAAGUGGUUAAUGAUUAUACCCAUAAAAUAGUGAUUAAAGAAGAUGGCACCCAGUCGUUGAUCAUUGUUCCUGCUAUGCCUGAUGACUCUGGAGAAUGGGCAGUAAUUGCUCAGAAUAGGGCAGGCAAAGCUUCAGUCUCAAUGACACUGGCUGUGGAAGCUAAGGAAGACCUAGUCAGACCACACUUUGUGGAAAGGCUGAAGAAUGUUAGUGUAAAGGAGGGCUCUAGACUGGAGAUGGCAGUGAAAGCUACUGGUAACCCUAAUCCUGACAUUGUGUGGCUGAAGAACAGUGACAUUAUUGUACCUCAUAAAUACCCCAAAAUAAAAAUUGAGGGAACCAAAGGGGCAGCUGCCCUUAAAAUUGAAUCUACUGCCAGGCAAGAUGCUGCAUGGUAUACUGCUACUGCUAUCAAUAAAGCUGGACGGGAUACUACACGGUGCAAAGUAAAUAUCGAAGUUGAACAUGCAGAACCUGAACCAGAAAGAAGAUUAAUCAUUCCAAAAGGAACUUACAAAGCCAAGGAGAUUGCAGCACCAGAGCUAGAGCCUCUACAUUUGCGUUAUGGUCAAGAGCAAUGGGAGGAAGGAGAUCUCUAUGACAAAGAAAAGCAACAGAAACCAUUUUUUAAGAAGAAGCUCACAUCUUUAAGACUCAAGCAAUUUGGACCGGCACACUUUGAGUGCAGGCUUACACCAAUUGGUGACCCAACCAUGGUGGUGGAGUGGUUGCAUGAUGGCAAACCUUUGGAAGCAGCUAACAGACUACGCAUGAUCAAUGAGUUUGGGUACUGUAGCCUGGACUAUGGAGUAGCCUAUUCCAGAGAUAGCGGAGUGAUCACUUGCAGGGCAACUAACAAAUAUGGUACAGACCAUACAUCUGCUACUCUGAUCGUGAAGGAUGAGAAAAGCCUUGUGGAAGAAUCCCAAUUGCCAGAAGGCAGAAGGGGACUGCAGCGAAUUGAAGAGUUAGAAAGAAUGGCCCAUGAGGGUGCUCUUCCUGCAGUUGCCAUGGACCAAAAGGAAAAGCAAAAACCAGAAAUUGUUUUGGUUCCUGAACCUGCAAGAGUCCUGGAAGGUGAAACGGCACGAUUCCGCUGCCGUGUGACUGGCUAUCCUUUGCCCAAGGUCAACUGGUACCUCAAUGGACAGCUCAUCCGUAAGAGCAAAAGGUUUAGGCUCCGUUAUGAUGGAAUCUACUACCUGGAUAUUGUGGACUGCAAAUCGUAUGACACAGGAGAGGUGAAAGUCACUGCAGAGAAUCCAGAAGGCUUUAUUGAACAUAAGGUGAGACUUGAGAUCCAGCAGAGGGAAGACUUCAGAUCUGUUCUUCGUCGUGCUCCUGAACCCAAACAUGAGCCUGUAGUGACAGAGCCUGGAAAACUUCUCUUUGAGGUACAGAAGGUGGACAAACCUGCAGAGGUAACAACUAAAGAAGUGGUGAAACUGAAAAGAGCUGAAAGAAUCACUCAUGAGAAACUUUCAGAGGAAUCUGAAGAGCUGCGUAGUAAAUUCAAGCGUAGGACGGAAGAGGGCUAUUAUGAAGCCAUCACUGCUGUGGAACUUAAGUCUCGCAAAAAAGAUGAAUCAUAUGAAGAAAUGUUAAAAAAGACAAAAGAAGAACUUCUGCACUGGACCAAAGAGAUCCCAGAGGAAGAGAAGAAAGCCCUUCCUCCUGAAGGCAAAAUCACCAUUCCAACAUUCAAACCAGAGAAGGUUGAGCUUAGUCCAAGCAUGGAGGCUCCCAAGAUAUUUGAACGAAUUCAAAGCCAGACUGUACCCCAAGGAACAGAUGCACACUUCCGUGUGAGAGUGGUGGGAAAACCAGACCCUGAGUGCCUAUGGUUCAAAAAUGGUGUGCAGAUUGAAAGGACUGAUCGUGUGUACUGGUACUGGCCUGAAGAUAAUGUUUGUGAAUUAGUCAUCAGAGAUGUGACUUCUGAUGAUUCUGCCAGCAUCAUGGUGAAAGCAGUCAAUAUAGCUGGCGAAACUUCUAGCCAUGCUUUCCUGUUAGUACAAGCCAAACAGUUAAUCAGCUUCACACAGAAGUUACAAGACAUUGUUGCUAAAGAGAAAGACUCCAUGGCAACAUUUGAAUGUGAGACAUCAGAACCUUUUGUCAAAGUGAAAUGGUUUAAGGAUGGAAUUGAGAUUCAUUCUGGAGACAAAUACAGGAUGCACUCAGACAGAAAGGCUCAUUUUCUUUCUGUACUAGCAAUUGAAAUGUCUGAUGCUGAUGACUACAGCUGUGCGCUGGUAGAAGACGAAUCCAUCAAAACUACUGCAAAGCUUACUGUUGAAGGUGCUGUGGUUGAAUUUAUUAAAGAACUUGAGGAUGUUGAAGUACCAGAGUCCUUCUCAGCUGAACUUGAAUGUGAGGUUUCCCCAGAAGACGUGGAGGGGAAAUGGUAUCAUGGCGAUGUUGAACUCACUUCUAAUCACAAAUACGUGAUUGCAUCCCGCCGUGGUCGCCAGAUCCUCACUAUUAAAGAUGUUAAUAAAGAUGAUCAAGGAGAGUAUAGCUUUGUUGUUGAUGGAAAAAGGACUCACUGUAAACUGAAGAUGAAGCCUCGUCCCAUGGUUAUUCUUCAAGGACUUACUGAUCAAAAAGUCUGUGAGGGAGAUAUUGUACAACUUGAAGUUAAAGUCUCCCUAGAAAAUGUGGAAGGUGUCUGGAUGAAAGAUGGUACUGAAAUUCAAUCAAGUGAUCGUAUUCACAUUGUGUUGGAUAAACAGUCACACAUGUUGCUGAUAGAAGAUGCAACGAAGGAAGAUAGUGGAACUUACUCUUUUAAUGUUCCCGGUCUUGAACUGUCAACCACUGGACGGAUCACAGUAUACAGUGUGGAAAUAGUGGUGCCUCUAAAAGAUGUUCACGUAGUUGAAGGAACAAAAGCUAUCCUCGAGUGCAAAGUUUCAGCACCUGAUGUAUCUUCUUCCAAAUGGUACCUGAAUGAUCAUCAGAUAAAGCCAGAUGAACGUGUACAAGCUGUAUGUAAAGGCACUAAACAGAGGCUAGUGCUUACCAGAACCCAUGCAUCAGAUGAAGGAUGUUAUAAGCUGAUGGUUGGCAAAGUUGAAACAACUUGCAAUGUCACAGUUGAAAAAAUUAAAAUUAUUAGAGGUCUCCAUGACAUCACCUGCACUGAAACACAGAAUGUAUCUUUUGAGGUCGAGCUCUCCCAUUCAGGGAUUGAUGUAAUUUGGCAUUUCAAAGGCCAAGAAAUCAAGGCUAGUCCUAAAUAUAAAAUUGAAGCACAUGGCAAAAUAUAUAAAUUGACAGUGGUAAAGAUGAUGAAAGAUGAUGAAGGGGAAUAUGUAUUUUAUGCUGGAGAGAAGAAAACAUCUGGAAAGCUUAUAGUAGCAGGUGGUGCCAUUUCAAAGCCUCUCACUGACCUGACUGUGGCUGAGUCCCAAACAGCUGUUUUUGAAUGUGAGGUUGCAAAUCCUGAAUCAGAUGGCCAGUGGCUAAAAAAUGGUAGACCAUUACCUAUGACAGAUCAGUACCGUGCUGAGUCCGAUGGUGUAAAGAGAAGGCUUAAUAUCCCUGUCACAAAACUGGAUGAUAUGGGUGAAUAUAGCUAUGAAAUAGCAAGCUCAAAGACAUCUGCCAAACUAAAGGUCGAAGCUGUUAAGAUAAAGAAGACACUAAAGAACUUGACUGUGACAGAAACACAGGAGGCAGUUUUCAGUGUAGAACUGACCCACCCUGAUGUGAAAGGAGCUCUGUGGAUUAAAAAUGGUGUUGAACUUGAAUCAAAUGACAAAUAUGAAAUUUCAGUGAAAGGAACUGUUCACACAUUGAAAAUCAAACACUGUGUUGUCACUGAUGAAUCUGUUUAUAGUUUUAAGCUUGGAAAAAUAGGAGCAAAUGCCAGACUUCAUGUGGAAACUGUCAAGAUCAUCAAAAAGCCAAAGGAUGUGACUGCUUUGGAAAAUGCUGUUGUGUCCUUUGAACUGAGUGUAUCCCAUGAUACUGUACCAGUCCGAUGGUUCCACAAAAAUGUCGAGCUUAAACAAAGUGAUAAAUACAAGCUGAUCUCUCAGAGGAAAGUUCACAAGCUUAUGCUGCAUAAUAUAUCUCCUGCUGAUGCUGGGGAAUACACAGCUCUUGUUGGGCAAAUUGAGUGUAAAGCAAAACUGUUUGUGGAAACCAUACACAUCACAAAGACCAUGAAAAAUAUUGAGAUCCCUGAGACCAAAACUGCUUCUUUUCAAUGUGAAGUUUCUCAUUUCAAUGUGCCUGCUGUCUGGUUGAAAAAUGGUGUGGAGAUUGAAAUGAGUGAAAAGUUCAAAAUAGUGGUCCAGGGGAAGCUCCAUCAGCUCAAUAUCAUGAACACAAGCAGUGAAGAUUCUGCAGAAUACACAUUUGUUUGUGGAAAUGACAGAGUCAGUGCAACUCUGACCGUAAAACCCAUCCUAAUUACCUCCAUGCUAAAAGACAUCAAUGCUGAAGAGAAAGAUACAAUAACAUUUGAAGUUACUGUUAACUAUGAAGGUAUCUCAUAUAAAUGGCUGAAGAAUGGAGUAGAAAUAAAAUCAACUGACAAAUGCCAGAUACGAACAAAGAAGCUCACACACUCCCUCUCCAUAAGGAAUGUGCAUUUUGGUGAUGCUGCAGAAUAUACUUUUGUUGCUGGAAAGGCAGCUUCAUCAGCCACUUUAUAUGUGGAAGCUCGUCACAUUGAAUUUAGGAAGCAUAUUAAAGACAUCAAGGUUGUGGAGAAGAAGAGGGCUAUUUUUGAAUGUGAAAUUUCAGAACCUGACAUUCAGGUCCAGUGGAUGAAGGAUGGCCAAGAACUCCAGAUUGGUGACAGGAUGAAAAUUCAGAGAGAAAAAUAUGUCCAUCGUCUCAUCAUUCCUUCCACAAGAAUGUCUGAUGCUGGUCAGUAUACUGUAGUAGCAGGUGGAAACACAUCCAGUGCCAAUUUGAUAGUGGAAGGUCGUGACAUUCGUAUCAGAAGCGUCCGUAAAGAUAUUCAGGUCAUUCAGAGACAAAGAGCUGAAAUUGAAUUCGAAGUCAAUGAAGAUGACAUUGAACCACAGUGGUACAAGGAUGGUAUUGAGAUCAACUUCCAAUAUGAGGAAAGAUACAGUUAUGUGGUGGAAAGGAGAGUUCAUCGAAUGAGCAUCUUUGAAACCACUUACUCUGAUGCUGGAGAAUAUACUUUUGUUGCAGGACGGAAUAGAAGUUCUGUUGUUCUCUAUGUGAAUGCUCCAGAGCCACCCCAGAUUAUCAAGGAGCUAGAGCCAACCACUGUGGAGUCUGGCAAACCUGCUCGCUUCUGUGCUAUGAUAUCAGGCAAACCCCAGCCCAAAAUUUCCUGGUACAAAGAUGAUCAACAGCUUUCUCCAGGUUUCAAGUGCAAAUUUCUUCAUGAUGCACAAGAAUAUACUCUAUUGCUGAUUGAAACUUUCCCUGAAGAUGCAGCAGUGUACACCUGUGAAGCAAAAAAUGACUACGGAGUUGCUACAACUUCAGCUUCACUUUUGGUGGAAAUCCCAGAAGUUGUUUCUCCUGAGCUAGAAGUGCCAGUGUAUCCACCUGCUGUCAUAAUACCACUACGUGAUGCUGUUACAUCCGAGGGACAGUCUGCACGUUUUCAGUGCAGAGUUACAGGGACAGAUCUGAAGGUCUCUUGGUACAGCAAAGACAGAGAGAUCAAGCCAUCACGGUUUUUUAGAAUGACUCAGUUUGAAGACACUUACCAGCUGGAGAUUGCUGAAGCUUAUCCAGAGGAUGAAGGAAUCUAUACCUUUGUGGCUAGUAAUUCUGUUGGCCAAGUGACAAGCACUGCUACCUUGAAGUUAGAAGCUCCUGAAAAAAUUAUACAUGAGAAGCUAGAGGAAGACAUCGAGAUGGAAGUGAAAGAGCAGCACAGCCAGGAGAACCUCGAGGGACCUGAGACAGCAGUGGUGCUGGCUUGCACCCAGAACUGUAAACCCACCUUCACACAGGGACUCAAGUGUAGAUCUGUCGUGGAGGGGGACCCUGCACUCUUCAAGUGCAAGCUACUGGCAUGCCCGGCACCCCAUAUGGCCUGGUUUCACAACAACCGGCCAGUCCACCAGGACUGCCGCAAGGUGAUCCGCACUGAGAGCGAGGAGCACACGCACCAUGCCAGCCUGGAGGUGCGGGAUGUGCGGGAGCACGAUGCUGGCAGCUACAGGGUAUUUGCCUUUAACAGUGAGGGCUCAGCUGAGUCCACUGCCUCCCUGCUGGUGGCACGCAGUGGGAAGCAGCAGGGCUCGGGUUUCACACGGAAAGCAGAGUGGAUGAGGGAGAGCUGGGACCACCUGCUGCAGCAGCAGCGGGAGGACCGGCUGCGGGUGGUGCUCCGCUGCACUGGCUCGCCCUUUGACAAGGGGCAGGAGGCUGAGCAGUUGCUUGGGAACAUCUCCCCAGCCCGGGGCAUGGUACGAACCAUCUGUUUCCAGAAGCUGCCACUGGUCGGGCCUCAUCGUCCAGGGCUGGUACGUGGUAGGGAGCACAGUGGCACAGUGGCAGAGGCUGAGGAGCUGCUGGAUGAGGAGAUCCGUUGGAAGCUGCAGCGGCUGCGGGAGGCAAAGAGGGCAGCGCUGAAAAAGAAGCAGGAAUCCCUCAUGUCCAUGCCCCAGGAGGGCCCUUCUGGGAAGCCCAGUCCACCUGAGGCAGCUGCCACGAUGGAUGGCUCAGAGCCCCUCGUGGUGCAGGUAGUGAAGGCGUACCGUAGGCCCAAGGCUGCAGGAGAGAGAUGGCAGAUGCCAGGUGGGCUCCUGGAGCCCUGCCCACCCCUCUUUGUCCAGGAGAUCAAGUCCCAAGAGGCUGUUGAGGGGCACAGAUGCACCUUCUCCUGUCUCUUCCAUGGCCGCCCACAACCCACAGUCACUUGGUACAACAACACCAACCCUGUGGGGCGCAUCCAAGGCACUGCUGUUCACACCACAGAGUGCCGCUCUACACUGACCUUCCCAUCCCUGCUCCCACAGCAUGAUGGCACCGUCACCUGUGUGAUCUUCAACCCUCUGGGCACAGUCAGCACCUCAGCUGCACUCCAUCAGGGACUGCCAAGUGCAGUUCCAGAUUCAGACUUGCUGUCACUGCCUGUGGAAAUAAAAAUCACUGCCCCUACUCCAACACCAGAGCAAGACACAGAGGUGAGGGAGACUACGCAUCCCUCUCCUGACCAGGCUGCUCCCACCAUAAAGCACAAGUUCAAGUUUUCAUUUGAUGUAGGAAAUGAGCCACCCCAAGUUGUGGCAGAGGUCCCAGCACACAUUCAUUGCAAAGAAGGGGAAGCAGUGGUGUUGGAGUGUGCUGUGUCUGGGCAGCCCCCACCAGUUGUGGCCUGGUCCCUGAAUGGCCAAAACCUCUCUGCCAGUGAGAGGCUGAGGUUUGAGGAAGGCAAGAAUGGUAUCUACCGCUUACACAUCCAAGAGGUCUCUGUUGCAGAUGCUGGGCUGUAUUGUUGUGUGGCCAACAAUGUGUCUGGAACAGCACAGACUGCCUCUGAGCUGACAGUGCAGCCCAGUGCACCCAGGUUGUAUAGCAAGGAUGGAGGCACUGAGGAACUGCGUGCCAAGGACCAUGUUCUGCACCUCCAAGGCCUCAGUACACUUGGGAAGGAUGAAGAUGAACAGAUUAUGUGCUCCAAGGAGAAGGAAACCCACCUAGCCUGGUCCCUGAAGCUGUCUCCAUCUCCUGGUGAGCAGUUGGAAGAGAAGUGUGAGGAAACUCCUCACUUCAGGGAAAGUGAGAUGGAGGAAACAAAGGUGCUGGAUAUCAUGGAGGUUUAUGCAAGGCAAGAAACGGGUUAUACAGAAGAAAGUGUGAGGGAUACAGAUGGUAUUUCUGAGAUGAGGCAGCAUAGCGGAACAACUGUUUCUGAGGAACACAGCUUUAGAAUUGAUGACACUGAGCUGCACCCCAACCUGUCCAGGGAAGAACAUGAACUGGUAGCCAAGGACUCAGGUCAUUUUUCAGAGGAGCUAGAGGCUGAAGGAGACAAGGUGGUACCACAUACAGGUACUCUGUCCUGUGACAUCCUAAAGUCAGCAUUUAUCGAAGUGAAAGGGCAAACACACCCCUCUGAUAGAGCUGCUCUGGCAAGGGAAUGUGAGGAUUCACAAUUUUUCAUUCCUAUAUCACCUGUGGUGCAAGAGGGGAGUGAUAUUUACAUGGAGGAGAGCGACGCCUCUGCCUGGGAGGCAAUGUCUCCUGAUGUGCCUCUUGUAGAAGAGCCAAGUGUGCUCCACCUGCAAGACAAUAUUGCAAGCACACCCACAAAGGAGCAGUUUGGCUUUUAUGACUUCUGUACAGAAGAGCAGCAGGAGGAACAGGCCAAGGAGCAACAGAGAUCAGUUGAUAUUGAUCAGGACAUCGAGGCUGAUGAUCAUCUUUGUAAAGAAGAAGCGAUUGAUGCUGGGGAUGUUGCACACUGGGAAAUGCACAAUAAUGAAAAAAUGCUGCAAGAAAUGAAGUCUGAUGCAGGCAACUCUUCUUUGGAUCUAAUCCUCACUCCUCCUGGCAUAGAAAACUCAGGUCAGGUUUUUACGGAGGAAGUUGAAGUUCACCUAGAAGAACUGCAUUUCAAAGAGCAGUUGUUGCCAUCUGACGCUGAUGAGACCAGUAUCAUAUUUGAUCUGAAGAAGUUUGUAGAGCCUUUCCCAGCUGCAGAGACUAUGGACACAGAACAGGCACAAACCUCCACAGCCCUGGAGAGUGUGGAGGUAGGAGUGACUGGACUCAUCUCCUCUGUGCAACAACGUGAUGAAAUUGUGGAAGAGAUGUCUCUGGGUGAGAAGCUGCGUCAGAGCUACAGGGUGCAACAGGAGGAGGUCAGUGCCCAGGAAAAGGCACAGCCAAGAGAAAUCAGAAGAGCUGCUUUGCAGAUCUCUAAUGGGGACUUUGGCAGCAUCAUGAUAUCUGCUGAAGAGGGAUCUUCUGCUGAAAAAAUUCAUGAGUCAGAGGAGAGUGUCCGUGGGGAGGAUUCACUUGAGGGACAAAUUCAUAGCUUUCUGUCAGAGUCCACAGCAGAUUUCCAAAAAGGAGUGCAGGAAACACAUGUGGGGGAGGGUGGGGAACGACUGGAGACCACAGACUCCCACAGUGACAGCUUCAUCAUUGACUUGAAAAAAGCUGCACAUGAAAAGAAACCUCAGGCUAGGCAUCAGAAUGAGGAGGAAGGUGGCUCUGGGAUAGAAAAGGUCUUUGAAACAGGAAUAAGCAGCUCCACCUGUGAGAUAGAAAGCACAGAUUCCCCUGAAGAGAUGCUCAAGGACAUCCAACAGGAACCAAACACAACCAAGGGCUUCUCUUUUGGGCAACUCUUACUUGGUUUAAUAAUGGAUGAUCCCGUGGCACCAAAGGAGCAAAGGAAGGAUUCUUGGGGCAAGAAGAGAAUUCCCACUGAGGAAGCCUCUGAGAAUAGCCUGUAUGGAGAAGGACAGUGGGAGGAUAUUUCUGCAGGUCCAGAGCCCAGUGUUGUUCCAGCCUCAGAGCUGGAGCCUGACUUGUCCCUGGACAAGUAUUUAAAGUCAACUGGGAUAGAGGAAGCUCCAGAUUUCAAAGGGACAGCUCAGAAGGAGCAGCAGGAGACCAUCACUUCACUGGAAGUGGAGGAGGUUACCUUCAGCAUGGUUUAUGACUAUUACAACAACCAGCAGGAACUCAUCCGGCCCUUCUCUCCUGAGUCGGAAAUGUCUAUAGAGCUAGAGACCAGGAGCGGAGAGGAGUCACCUGAUUCAGACCGCUUCUACACACCUCCCUCCUCAGUGGAGGUCUUUGAAACUGCUUCAUCAGCAUCCUACCACACUCCGAUCAGCACGCCUGAGCACUGCUCCACACCGUCUGAAGGCUCAGGAUACAGAACACCACCUGAGCGCUACUCCACACCGUCUGAGGGCUCAGGAUACAGCACACCACCUGAGCGCUACUCCACACCAUCUGAGGGCUCAGGAUACAGCACACCACCUGAGCGCUACUCCACUCCAUCUGAGGGCUCAGGAUACAGCACACCACCUGAGCGCUACUCCACACCAUCUGAGGGCUCAGUGUACAGCACACCACCUGAGCACUACUCCACACCUUCUGAGGGUUCAAAAUGCAACACACCCUUGGAGUCCUACUUCACACCCUUUGAGGGACCCUGCUCUGCAUCAGGGGACAGCACACCACCUGAGCGCUACCGGACUCCCACUGGGGAGUAUAUGGAUGCCCUGGCCACGCUCCCCCUCUGUGAGAGAAAGCAGCAGCCUCCAGACCAGGUACAGGCUGAGGUGUUUAGGACCCCCUGUGAAGCCCUGGAGCCAUCAGGCAAGGAGAUGCCACCUGCAUUCCUCAAGGCAUUGAGCAGGAGGAGGCUAUAUGAGGGCAGCACACUGAGCUUUAUGGCUGAGGUGGUGGGUGUGCCCAAGCCAGGGGUGAAGUGGUAUCAUAAUAAAUCUCUGUUGGAGCUGGAUGAGAGAGUGAGGAUAGAGAAGGAUGGGGACAAAUGUGUGCUGGAGAUCACUAAUGUCCAGAAAAAAGACGGAGGACAGUAUCUGUGCCAUGCAGUGAACAUUGUCGGGGAAGCGAAAAGUAUUGCGCAGGUGGAAGUUUUGUCUGAAGAUGGGCGGUCACUAGCACUGCCACCACCUGUCACCCACCAACAUGUUAUACAUUUUGACCUGGAGCAAAACACAUCUUCAAGGUCACCUUCACCUCAGGAAAUCCUCCUGGAAGUGGAGCUGGAUGAAAAUGAGGUGAAGGAGUUUGAGAAGCAGGUAAAAAUCAUAACCAGCCCUGAGUUUAGCCCAGAUAAGAAGAGCAUGGUGGUUUCCCUGGAUGUCCUUCCACUUGCCUUGUUGGAGCAAGCUACAGGCUUGGCCGCAGAGGAGAAUGAGGAUGUAAAAAUCGAUUUCCAAGUAACUGAAAUGCCUCCCCGCUUUGCUGUGCCCUUUGCAGAUAUCGAGGUAACAGAAGGCUUAGAGGCAGUGUUUGAGUGUGUGGUAACAGGUACUCCUAUCCCAGUAGUGCAGUGGUUCAGAGGCGACAUCUGUGUGACACCUGCCACAGGGAAGUAUGUUGUGAGUCAGAAGGAGGGACUUCACAGUCUGAAGGUCCAAAAUGUAGGUCCUUCUGAUGGUGGCUGGUAUUACUGUCGAGCAAUCAAUAGGCUGGGAGAAGCAACGUGCAAAGGCUCCCUCGUAGUCAUGGCUCAGCAGGGAGCAAGUGCUAAGGCAAGCAGUGAGACAGUCACGGGCAUUAGUUUUGAUGUGUUUGCUGAGCCAUCCCAAGAGGAACAGCUUUGAGUCAUAGAAGCCCCUCCCAAAUUCCUGAGGCUCAUUUCUGACUACAGUACAUUUGUAGGUGCCUCAGCAUGCUUCCAGUGUCUCGUGACUGGUUCCCCCCACCCAAGUGUCCACUGGUACAAGGAUGAGGUGUUGUUGGAAGGGGACAGGUAUUGUGUGCAGGAAGAGCAGGGGGACUGUCAUAACCUUAGUAUUGAAAACUUGAUGAAAAGUGACAGUGGGCAGUACAAAUGUAUAGCUACUAACAGGGCAGGAACUGCUGAGACUCAUGCUGUGUUAACAUUAUACAAAAUUUCCAUAGUUUAUUUCAGAGUCCCUUUUGAAACAGUAAAUGUUUUUAGGCUGUUGUUUACUGCAGACAUUGCUAGCACUCUUAUUGUGUCUUCUGAGGAAGGAAGAAGUGAAGGCUACAGCAGCAGCCUUCAGUUGUCUGAUAGAGAGAAAACACUUGAAUUUGAGCCUGAAAAAACAGUUUAUUCCAGCAAAGCAAAGAUGAAAAUGGAGGAAGGGGGCAAAGCCCCUGUAUUCCUCAAAGAGCUCUCAAAUGUUAAAGUCCGGCAGGGAGAUGUAGCUAGGCUCUCUGUUACAGUUAGUGGCAGCCCCACACCCAAAAUCCAGUGGUUUUUCAACAGUAUGAAGCUAACCCCAUCCAUGGACUGUAAGUUAGUGUUUGCUGGCAAUGACCACAGCCUCAUCCUCCCAUAUGUGGGUGUACAGGAUGAAGGUGAGUACACGUGUGUGGCCAGCAAUGUACACGGUGAGACCACAUGCAGUGCCUACCUCCAGGUGCAGCAACUGAUACCAGGGGUCCCUUGUUUUGCCAGGGAGCCAGACAGCGUGCAGUGUCCACCAGGCUUCACAGCAAUCUUUGAGUACACCGUGGCCGGGGAGCCAUGUCCUGAUGUGCAGUGGUUCAAGGGGAGUGAGCAGAUCUUCUCCAACGCGCGUCGUUCUGUUGCUCACCACCCUGAUGGCUCAGGCUCCUUGACAGUGCGGGAGUGCAUGGAGGAGGACACUGGGCUCUACACAUGCAGGGCAUUCAGUGCCCUAGGCGAGGCCACAUGCUCCGCUGAGCUCCUUGUGCUGCCUGAGGAGCAUGCUGUGUGCAGGCACAGCCCAGCCUUGCAACACUCUGCGGUGGCAGAGGACCAAAGUCUCCUCUCCUAUGAAGAGUCUGGUGAGCUUCCUGCCAUAGAAGGAGCGCUCAGCCUUGAGGCCACAAGGGAGCCCCCAGCCCUCCUUCAGCUUCAGACAAGCCAGAUGGAGCACGUGUUGCCCAGGGAAGACAUCUUGCCUGGCCUGCCACCAGCCUGCCUGGCUGCACGGAGUGUUGAAGAGAUGAUUGCCCAGGUGGCCACAACACAAGAGAGCAGCAGGCUUCUGGCAGAGCCAUUGCAAACCCUCCCUGCUGGCCCCCAGGGUGUGGUUCCUGCAGCAGCCAUGGAGACACAACUGCCAGCCUGCCUUGGGACUGUAGCUGCACAGAUACUCUUGCCCAAAGAGCAGCUAAUCACCAAGACAGCAGAACAAACGGCUGCUCUGAAGACAGAGGCUUCCCAAGCCCUUCUACAAAUGUCAAGCACCACUGAGAGCUGUGCCAUAGAUGGUGACCACAUCCAGGUCCUUGAGGGCUUCCAGGCAAUGCAAGGUGAACUGAAGGCUGAACCCAGAUUUCCCUCUGAACUGGCCUUCACUGGGAGCCAAGCUGUUCCUCUGGAGAACAUAUCUUCCCUGGAAACAGCAGAGGAAGAUUUUGCUGCCAGAAUCCAUGAGGGACAGAAUGUGAGAUUUCCCUUGCUGCUAAAAGAAAACCAGCCCCUGGAGAAAGAACAUGUCAUUGAUCUUGCCAGUCCACUUAGGAAGUGUCCAAGGGCAGGGAGACAACCCCAUGAAACAAUGUACACGCACCAGCUCCAGCCAAGCCAAGUCCUCAACAAGGAGAGCCAGCUUACUGCUGAAGUUCCCAAGAGCUGUAAGUUAGACGUAAAGUCUCAAAUUAGAAAUGCACUGAAAGCUGCAGUGGUAAGUGAGCAAAACCUCUUAUUUUCAGAAUGGUUGACUGAUAAAGAAAACAUUGAAGUGCAGACAAUAAACAUAACAAAGGAACAUAAACACACCCUAUGCACCUAUGUUGUGACCGCAGGAGGACUCAGUCCCAUAGAAAUCCCAGUCUCCCUGGAAGAAGUCAGUAUUCAGACAGCUGACCAGAAAACUAUCUUGAAGGAGGCUUUCUAUUCUCUUAUUUGUGAAGAAAAACAUCUCUUGAUAGAUGAAAAAUCCAAAGCAUUACCAGUCCAUCCAAGUCCACUUCUCUCAGGAAAAUACUACAAUGAAACCUCAGAGCUGGAACCCCAGCAAGCUGAGAGGACUAUGGAGGCAGAAAUACCCGUGGAGCAGCCUUUAUCUGCACAAGUAAUCAACACUGUGACUGUGCAUGGUCAAAUCAAGGAUGUGGGCGCAGCUGCAGCCACUGCUGAUGUAGCCCCCAUAGAUGUUCCCAUUGAGAUACCCACAGAAAUACUGAAAAGGAAGGAGAAAAGGGAAGAAAUAUGUGAGAAAGAGGGUAGAGAGGGUCUGGAAACUAGAGAUGUGAAGCUGACGGAUGAGUUGGACAAAGAGAGUUAUCCCAUCAUUCACAGCAAACUUGUUGACACUGUUGCGGAGGAAGGGGAGAAUGUCAGUUUGGUGGCUGUCAUAUCAAAUGUCAGUGAGGUGAACUGGUACUUUGAAGGUAAACUGGUGUUUUCAGGCGACAAAUUCAAGUGUUUGCAAGAUCAGGACACAUACACACUAGUAUUAAGCAAAGUGUGCACGGAGAUUCACCAAGGAGAGUACACCUGUGAGGCUCUGAAUCAAGGUGGAAAAAGAGCAACAGCAGCAAAACUCACAGUUGUUAAAAGAGUUGCACCGAUCUUGAGGAGAAGGCUCGAAUCUCUGGAGGUGGCUGUAAAUCACGUGGCCAAGUUUACCUGUGAGGUAGAGACUGCUCCCAAUGUCAAGUUCCAGUGGUACAAAGCUGGACGAGAGAUAUAUGAUGGAGACAAAUAUUCCAUUCGCACCUCCAACUACCUCUCCACACUGGAGAUCCCGAGGCCUCAGGUUGUUGACUGUGGAGAGUAUAGCUGUAAGGCUUCCAACCAGCAUGGCAGUGUAAGCUCUACAGCCCUUUUAACUGUAACUGAAGCAUUUCCACCAACGUUUCUUACCAGACCUGAAUCUAUCACUACUUUUGUGGGCAAAAGUGCCAAGUUCCUGUGUACUGUGUCAGGCACUCCAGUCAUCGACGUCGCCUGGCAGAAAGAUGACACGACCAUUUCACCUUCAGAUCACCACAAGAUCUUCAAAGUGGAAAAUAAACAUGUGUUAGAAAUUUCCUUUCUCACCACCAAUGACAGAGGGGUUUACACUUGCAAAGCUUCCAACAAGUUCGGGGCUGACAUUUGCCAGGCUGAAAUGGUCAUUAUAGACAAGCCCCACUUCAUUAAAGUUUUGCAGUCAGUGCAGUCAGCAGUCAAUAAAAAAAUACGUCUUGAAUGUCAGGUAGAUGAAGACAGGAAAGUAACCGUAGGGUGGACAAAGGAUGGAAACAAAAUCCCUCCAGGCAAAGAUUAUAAGAUUUACUUUGAAGACAAAAUAGCCUCACUUGAGAUUCCUCUGGCUAAGCUCAAGGAUUCAGGCCAUUAUGUGUGCACUGCCUCAAAUGAGGCAGGAAGCAGCUCCUCUUCUGCCAGUGUCACAGUAAGAG